AGACUCAAAGGGAUGCAGAGAAAGCGGUAAUGGGAAGGGAAGAAGAUGUGAAGGUAGUGAGCUUCUGGGCGAGCCUGUUUGGGAGGAGGGUAGAGUGGGCUCUGAAGCUGAAGGGCGUCGAGUACGAAUACAUAGAAGAAGAUAUCUUCAACAAAAGUAGCCUUCUUCUAAAGCUGAAUCCGGUUCACAAGAAGGUCCCGGUUCUGCUUCAUCACCACAAACCACUCAUCGAAUCAUCCCUCAUCCUUGAAUACAUCGACGAAACUUGGAUUCACUGUCCGUUGCUCCCUCCUCAGCCUUACCAGAAAGCUCUCGCUCGCUUUUGGUCUCAGUUUGCUGAAGAAAAGAUUCUGGAAUCCGCGUGGAUCGCUAUGUGCUUCAGUGGGGACGAAAAGGAAAGUGCGUUGCAGGUAGGAAGGGAAUCGAUGCAGAAACUUGAGGAUGAGAUUGGAGGUAAGAAAUUCUUUGGAGGGGACAACAUAGGCUACUUGGACAUCGCACUGGGUUGGAUCUUCUACUGGCUCCCUGUUUGGGAACAAGUCGGGUCCUUUCAAUUUUUAGGCCCUCUGAAAUUUCCGGAUAUUGUUGCUUGGACUGCCAAUUUUCUCAAUCACCCCAUUAUUAAGGAUUCCUUACCCCCGAGAGAUGAGCUCCUCUUUUAUUAUCACCAUCGCAGGUCUCAGCUAUCAUCUACUAGCUAGUCAUGACUAGCUACUUCGAGCUUUAUUCGCUCUGGCUAUCUAUAAAGUAAGGAAAAUAAGAGAGACGUAAAUCCAUAAUCCAUAUAAUACGUUAGUGGGGUAUAGGUGGGGUGUAAUGUUAUAAUGUAUCAUAUUUGCGAGCGCUCUGAGUUUGACACAUGCUGGAUACUGAUGGAACUUAUCUCAGUAAUGGUUAUUAGUGCUUUAUGCAUCGAAGUCUGUAGGCAUAUUGUCAUUAAAACUCAAACUGACUGACCGAAUUAUAUGUUCUAUAUAUUUUAAUGGUAAUCUCAGCCGGUAAGACAUUAUGGUAUUA